UCCUAACGUCCUAUCUGAAAAAAAAGGUGUCAAUUUUCUCCUCAUAUUCAACAUGUCACAAUUAAAUAUUGUACGUGGCAAAGGUGAAUUGUUGCCGGAAUUUAAUAUCUCGGUAGGACAAUUGUUAUUAAUGCAACUGACGACGCAUGGUACUCGUGUGGCGCACAUAAAUUCUCAUACUGGCAAGGAGCAGACAUUCCAACAUAUCUUGGACACCAGCCGGAGAUUAGCGGUCUAUUUGCAGCAAGAGGGGCUGAAAGUGAAUGACACCAUAGCUAUAUGCAGCGAGAACAAUUUGGAAUUUUGUAUUCCAGUAUGUGCUGCGGCUUAUCUGGGUGCUAUUAUCUGUCCUUUAAAUUCUCUGUAUAGUGAGAGAGAAUUGAAACAUGCACUUUUCAUUUCAAAGCCAAAGUUUAUUUUUAUUUCGACAGUAUCACUUAAUGGCAUAAGAAAAGUAUUCAGAGAGUUACAUUGGUCACCACAAAUCAUAAUGCUUACUGAUGGUAGGAACAAUGUUUCAUGGGCGAGUAUGUAUAAGAAGAUAUCAAAUAUCUCCAACGACAAUGCAAAUACAUUACAAGCAGCUCCUGUCAAUGUAGAAGACCAUGUAAUGGCGAUUUUAUGUUCGAGUGGAACCACAGGAUUGCCAAAAGGCGUCAUGUUGACAGACAAAAAUAUUACUACAGUCAUACGCAUGUUUAUGAACACUAACACGAUUCCUGAACAAGGAGUUUCUCUGUCAUUGCUGCCAUUCUUUCAUGCAUACUCUUUUGUCUUGAUGGUACUCGGCCUAUUAAGGGGAAAUUGCAGUGUUGUAUUCUCACGCUUUGAAGAAGAGUUAUUCUUACAAUACGUGGAAAAAUAUAAAAUUCAAUAUUUACCUGUGGUACCAUCACUUAUGGUAUUUCUGGCUAAACAUCCACUUGUGGAUAAAUAUGAUUUGUCAUGUGUUAAAGCAGUAUGGAGUGGAGCAGCUCCAUUAUCGAAGGAAAUUCAGAAGGCUGUUGCUAAGCGAUUAAAUAUUACUGAUGUUAAACAAGGCUACGGAUUAACAGAAACUACUUUAGCUGUACUGCGAUCACCAGAAGAAAAUGGAAAAUUAGGCAGCGUUGGCGUAGUAGUUCCAGGCAUAUUAGCAAAGGUAAUACCAAUUGGAGAAUACGAGACGGACGAAGCUUUAGGGCCAAACUGUGAAGGAGAAUUAUGCUUCAAAGGAGAUUUAAUAAUGAAAGGUUAUUAUAACGACGAAAGAUCCACUAGAGCGACAAUUGAUAAGGAUGGUUGGUUGCAUACGGGAGAUGUAGGAUAUUAUGACGAAGAUGAAUACUUUUACAUUGUCGAUCGGAUAAAAGAACUUAUCAAAUAUAAAGGCUAUCAGGUUCCACCAGCUGAACUCGAAGCAAUUUUGUUAACUUGCCCUGGUGUACAAGAUGCGGCCGUAAUUGGCAUACCAAAUGACAAAACUGGAGAAUUACCAAUGGCCUUCAUUGUAAAGGAAGAUAAUUCUAAUAUUUGUGAAAAAGAUAUAAUCCAGUAUGUUAAUGAACGUGUAUCAAAUCCUAAGCGGCUUAGAGGUGGUAUAAGAUUUGUAGAUAGUAUUCCAAAGACUCCAUCCGGUAAAAUAUUACGCCGAAUACUACGAGAUAGAUUAAAAUCAAAAUUAUAA